AUGCCUGGAUCAAAAUUUUAUGAUGGGAAAAAGAUUAUAUUGCCGAUUUCCAGUGAUUCAACUAUUCAACUUUAUGAUCAUUGGAUUCAUCAAGGAAUUAGUUCGCUUAUAGCUAUUUAUGGCAAAAAAAGGUUGUAA